AUGCCCCGUUUCCGCCGUCCACGAAACCCGAAUACCACGUUUAAGCUCGUAGCUGCUGCCUUCAUCUUGAUCUUCUAUCUUCUCUGGACUUUCUUCCACUCUGCUAGUCCAGACUCAGCCAAGCCGAACCCUAAGCUGCGGCCGCAAAUCCAGCAUGAACCAUGGCGUCAAGCGACUCACUCCCUUGCCGACGCCCCAAAGGCUGAGCGAGUCAGAGAUGCCAUGCGAUUCGCAUACAAGAAUUACAGGGAGCGAGCCUGGGGUGCUGACGACAUCCUUCCCGUCUCCGGCGCUGCCAGCCAGAACGGCUAUGGCUGGGCCGGCUUUAUUGUCGAAUCCGCCUCCACGCUCGCGCUGAUGGGGUUGUGGGACGAGUUGGCGGAAUCAGUCGACUUCAUCACCACCAAAAUCGACUUCGCCCGUUCAAACAAGCUGGUCGAUCCCCAUGAAGCAACGACACGCUAUCUUGGCGGCCUGCUAAGCCUCGUCGACCUCUCAAACGCAGGCCUCGUUCCGGAAAACAUCGUCUCCCAAGGCCAGAAAGACAGCCUUCUCCGCCAAGCGCUCGUCCUCGCCCAGAAACUCCAACCAGCUUACGACACACCAACCGGCAUGCCCUGGCCCCUUCUCGACUUCAGCGCCAAUACCGGGCACCGUGACCCCAGCGCACCGCAAUACGAGCAUCCCGCCAUCUCACCCAGCCACACCGCCACGCUCCUCGAAAACCGCGUCUUAACCCGCCUUACCAAUGAUCCAACCUACCUCUCCAACGCCACCCGCGCAUGGUCUCACCUCGUCUGGUCGGCCUACGAAACCGCACUCCCCGGGCUGCCCGACGGACUCAUCGACAUCGUCACCGGCGCGCCCAUAGGGCGAGGAAAAGGUUGGGACCAUGCGUACCACUCCGCCCUCCUCAAAGCCUCCAUCUUCUCCUCCGGGGAUGGCCCAGAUCGCUACGCACCCAUUUACCUUACCCGCUGGCACGAGGCCGCACAAUCGGUCCGCCACGCCCUCGUCUCGCGGAACGCGCCUGCGGCAGAGGACGGCUACGCGGGCGCGCACCUCUUCCUGGGCCGCAAGUCCGACACGGCGUAUGUCAACGGAAUGGCAUCGGGCACCGCGUGCGCCGCGCCUGGGACGCUGCUUCUCGGAGCGCGGCACCUCGCCGCCACCACUGGCACGAGCUCCAACAGCGACGCCGACGAGAAAGGCGCCUCCCUCGCCCCCCUCGCCCUCGCCCUCCUAGAAGGCUGCCACCACAUCUCGUCCUUCUCCGCCGUGCCCGGUCUCGCGCCUGGGCAAUGGCGCUGGAUCCCGAGUCCAGGGACGUGGAUGUCGCGGAAUGCGUCGUUUGUGCCGGAGGGCACGGAGGAGUGGGCACAGGUGAGCAGGGCUGGCGGAUGGGUCCCGCAGGAGUCGGGGGAUGGGGUUCGGGUGUUGAGAAUAGGCGAUGCGAGGGGGUAUGCGCAGAGUUUGUUUUAUGCGUGGCGGGUUACGGGACAGAAGAGGUAUCGGCGGUGGGCGUGGGAGGUUUUUGAGGCGCUUGAGGAGAGGUCUAGGGCGGAAUUCGGGUUCGCUGGAGUAGCGAUUGGUUCGAGUGGAGCGGAUACAGGCGCUGGGAAGGCUGAAUGGGUAGACGAAGCGGAGGGUGCGGCGGUGAGGGAGAUAUUGAUGUGGCUUUGGUUGAUCUUUAGUGAUGUCAAGGCUGCGAGACUGGAGGAGUGGGUGUUUAGUAGCGGCGGUCAUCCAUUCAGGGUGGGAUCGCAGUAG